GUGUGUGCGUGCUUCAAGUGACACUUCUCUGUUCAUGCAAGCUAUAUACUGUGUUUCACUCUCUAAGCCUCUUCUUCCAGUGCCGGUGAGGAUUUGUACGAGAUCCUAAAGACGUGGACUACAAACCAACCUGAAGAGAGACUGAAUCAAAGCUCUGACCAAAACUCUGCGUAUUUCUUCAGAGACCGAUCUCAUCAAGGAUAUGUAGGUGAUCAUAACAUUUCCAGCUUGAUGCACAUAGAUACCAGCGCAUGGACAGCCAAAGCUCACGCGACAUGUCAGCGUGUGUUUGACAGGAUGUCUAAAUGUGAGCUGAUUGAGCUGAAGGACCUCAGUGUCAAUGAUUCCAUCGAGCUGGCUGCUCCUGCAGCCCGCAAGGCCCCAACUCCUGCAAACCCGGCUCAGAUGACUCACUUCCACGUCGUCCGCCUGGUCGGAGACAGUGUCAGCAUCGAGGCACCAACAGGGGAGGUUGGGGCGGGUCACGACUUCCAGCCGAACAGUUACACCCAUCUCACCUGGUGUGACCUGUGUGGAGAAUUCAUCUGGGGGCUUUAUAAGCAAAGCGUACGCUGCACAAACUGCAGUUAUACUUGUCACUAUCGCUGCCGGCCAUUCAUCCAGCUGGACUGCAGCACACAUGGACGUUCACUAACAGGCCAGGAAGACUAUUCUGUGGACUCUAUCGAGACUGACACAAAUGUGGAUGAGCAGAUCGAUUGGGCGAAGCAGGAGUUGUCUGUUAGUGAGAUUCAGCACAAGGUUAAAGAGUACAACGCACAGAUCAACAGCAAUCUCUACAUGGUGGUUAAUCAAGACGGGUCUUACACUGGAUUUAUCAAGGUCCACUUUCAGUUGGUCCGCCCCAUCUCCCUCCCUCCCCCUCAGAGCCUGGGCUCCACACAAGAUGAAGGUCAGCGGUGCGGACGGAUGAAAAGGCGGACUUCUUUCUACCUCCCCAAAGACACUGCCAAGCACCUGCAUAUAAGCUCCCAGACACGUGUGAGAGAAGUGAUCGAGGCGCUGCUCAACAAGUUCACCGUGGUGGACAACCCGGCCAAGUUUGCCCUGUUUGAACGCACUGAGAGACAAAGCCAAGUGUACAUGCGUAAACUGUCAGAUGAAGAGUGCCCACUCUACCUGCGCUUGUGUUCUGGUCCCAGUGAGAAAGUCUUGAGUCUGGUUUUGAAAGAAAAUGAGACAGGAGAAGUAAAUUGGGAUGCUUUCAGUUUUCCUGAGUUGUGCAACUUUCUGCGAAUCCUGCAGCGAGAGGAAGAGGAGCAUGUGCGGCAGAUUGUGAGGCGCUACGCUCUUGCAAGAGACGGGAUAAGACAGGCGAUGGCAAAGAUUACUACUCCUGGUUGACUGAUCUACAUUUAUAUGUAUUAAGAAAAACAUUCCAUAUAGUGUCACUGAUAGGAAUGUAAAAGGGAAGGAAAGAGCUGUGACGAUGAAAUGUUGUAUGUGAAUCUGGGUUACGGCUAUUACAAUUACAGGAAAGCAUCUCACAGCUUAGGUCUGUUCAAGUCAUGUACAAGAACUAAAAGGAGGUAUUUUUUUUAAAGUUUGGAAGCAAAUGAAUGCAUCUCCCUGUUGAAACUCAUGCUGCUUGGUAAAGAUAUUUAUAGUUGUUACAAACACUCAUUUUUUGUAGUGCAAGUCAUGUUAGGGAAUAUCUGGCAUCAUUUAUAUUGUGUUUUUUAACACUGGCACUUUAUUGAACCUGUGAAAUUGGUUUUAAAACAGUGUAUUUUCAUCUUAUGACCUAAU